AGAAGCUGCCCCCAGGAUGACCACGCUGGCCGGUGCUGUGCCCAGGAUGAUGAGGCCCGGCCCGGGGCAGAACUACCCACGCAGCGGGUUCCCGCUAGAAGUAUCCACUCCCCUCGGCCAGGGCCGAGUCAACCAGCUCGGCGGCGUUUUUAUCAAUGGCAGGCCGCUGCCCAACCACAUCCGCCACAAGAUCGUGGAGAUGGCCCACCACGGCAUUCGGCCCUGCGUCAUCUCUCGCCAACUGCGUGUGUCCCACGGCUGCGUCUCCAAGAUUCUGUGCAGGUAUCAAGAAACAGGCUCCAUCCGUCCCGGUGCCAUCGGAGGCAGCAAGCCCAAGCAGGUGACAACGCCUGACGUGGAGAAGAAAAUUGAGGAAUACAAAAGAGAGAACCCGGGCAUGUUCAGCUGGGAAAUCCGGGACAAAUUACUCAAGGACGCGGUCUGUGAUCGAAACACCGUGCCCUCAGUGAGUUCCAUCAGCCGCAUCCUGAGGAGUAAAUUUGGGAAAGGAGAAGAGGAGGAGGCCGACCUGGAGAGGAAGGAGGCAGAAGAAAGCGAGAAAAAGGCUAAGCACAGCAUCGACGGCAUCUUGAGCGAGCGAGCCUCAGCACCUCAAUCAGACGAAGGCUCUGACAUUGACUCUGAACCAGAUUUGCCCCUGAAGAGGAAACAGCGCAGGAGCCGGACCACCUUCACGGCAGAGCAGCUGGAAGAGCUGGAGCGUGCUUUCGAGAGAACCCACUACCCUGACAUUUACACCAGGGAGGAACUGGCCCAGAGGGCGAAGCUCACUGAGGCCCGAGUGCAGGUCUGGUUUAGCAACCGCCGUGCAAGAUGGAGGAAGCAAGCUGGAGCCAAUCAGCUGAUGGCUUUCAACCAUCUCAUUCCGGGGGGAUUCCCUCCCACUGCCAUGCCAACCCUGCCAACAUACCAGUUGUCGGAGACCUCGUACCAGCCCACAGCUAUUCCACAAGCUGUGUCGGAUCCCAGCAGCACUGUUCACAGACCUCAGCCGCUUCCUCCGAGCACCGUACACCAAAGCACUCUUCCUUCGAACCCGGACAGCAGCUCUGCUUACUGCCUCCCCAGCACCAGGCACGGAUUUUCCAGCUAUUCAGACAGCUUUGUGCCUCCGUCGGGGCCCUCCAACCCCAUGAACCCCGCCAUUGGCAAUGGCCUUUCACCUCAGGUAAUGGGACUCCUGACCAAUCAUGGCGGGGUACCUCAUCAGCCUCAGACCGAUUAUGCGCUCUCCCCUCUCACUGGGGGCCUGGAACCUACCACCACGGUGUCGGCCAGCUGCAGUCAGAGACUAGACCAUAUGAAGAGCUUGGACAGUCUGCCAACAUCUCAGUCCUAUUGUCCACCCACCUAUAGCACCACAGGCUACAGUAUGGACCCUGUCACGGGCUACCAAUAUGGGCAGUACGGACAAAGUGCCUUUCAUUAUCUCAAGCCAGAUAUUGCAUAAACGAACUGUCCACUUGGAGCUAAAACUGGCCCUGCUUCUGGUCUCCACAGCCUAGACGUGAAGAGUCUUCUCAGAAAAAAAAAAAAAUUCAUCCUUUGGGGGAGGUGGAGGCAAAGAGCAUCAAUUGAUUUUCUUUCUGCAAAAGUUGGUUUCAGCUUCUUUUGAACAGGAUGGAUGACCGCAGUGGAGAAGAUAAGGACCUGGAGCCACAAAAGACUCAAGCGACAUUUCAAAACAAUGGCUCAACCUGACUACAAAUCAAAAUAUGCCAACUCUUUAUUGCUGAUGAUCAAGGAGCUCAAACAUUCCAUUCUGUGUGUGUAUGUGUGUUUAUCUGAGACUUAUGGAGUGUUUUGAGCAAGCAGAAUGUUCUAAAAUAUAUUCGGAGGAAACUCUAUAACACGUUUGAUGUCCAAGGCUGACGCUUUGGCGACUUUAAAACUGCUCACUUAUCGAAGCAGGAAAGGAGGAAUCCCUGACUUGUACACACUGGAAAUUAAUCUAAAAAUAAAGGCCACCAUAUUUUAGGAAGCUAGACUAGAUGUAAAGGACCUCCCGAAUAAUAAAUUAUUUGUUAUCAUAUCCUCGUUUAGAAUCUAGUUGUCAAUAAAUGUCCCGGACACGUUUUGCCAACAGGAUGUGAGAUGACAGGAAGAAAAGCUUGUUUUUCUUUUCCGGUGUGGGGAGAGGUGUAUGACAUUUUUCCAAUACACCUUCAUUUGGAAGCCAACCCGGGCAGGGGGAGGGCACGGCCAAGUGACGUGAGUCACAUACCUGCUUUUCCGUGUGCAAUACUGUGUACCUCACAGACACUUUGGCCACGGC